CCACCAUCGCCACUCCUCUAAUCAUUCCUCUUCUUCCGGUUAUAAUCUAGAACAAAGAGCUAGCCUUUCAUCAGCUCCUCUUCCACCUUCUUUAUUAAUUCCUUUCCACAAUUAGUUAUCAAGCAAAGAAAAAGUACGAUGGCAACUGGGGAAAGCUGCUGCUACUGUGUAAAACUCCUCGUCCUCCUCAUUACAUUCCUCCAUAGAUCUUCCUUCCUCCAUGCCCACUCCAACACUUCACUCCUAGCCCCACAAAGAGAGACCAUAGAAAUCGGCGUCGGCACCGGCUCUGGCACCGAUAUCGGCAUCGGAGGUGGCGGUGGCGGCGAGGGCUCGGCGCCUCCCCUGUCGACGUGCGGCUGCGAACCCCAGCCAUCUGACUUCCUCAACCUCAAGCAAUACUACGCCUACAUAGUAAUCCAGCUCUUCAAGAAGACCAUCACCUGCGACCCCAACAACGUGACCCAGACCUGGGUCGGCUACCGCCCCUGCACCUACCAAGGCUUCUACUGCGAGGCCCCACCGGACUCCCCGGACACCCCGACCAUCGCCUCCAUCGACUUCAACGGCUUCCACCUCUGCGCCCCGACCAUCGCCGGCUUCAUCGACAAGCUCCCCGACCUCGCCCUUUUCCAUGCCAACUCCAACAACUUCACCGGCACCAUCCCCGACCUCACCGGCCUCCAAUACUUCUACGAGCUCGACGUCAGCAACAACAACAUGUCCGGCCCCUUCCCCAACGACGUCCUCCCCCUCGCCAACCUCACCUUCCUCGACCUCCGCUUCAACCUCUUUGCCGGCGCCGUGCCACCCUCCAUCUUCAGUCUCGAUCUCGACGUCCUUUUCCUCAACAACAACUUCUUCAACCAGUCCCUGCCGUUCAACCUCGGCAGCACGCAGGUGGCCUAUCUAACCUUGGCCAACAACGGCUUCACCGGCCCCAUCCCGAGAUCCAUAUCCAACGCUGGGAGCACUCUUCGCGAGGUGCUCUUCCUCAACAACCGCUUAUCGGGCUGCCUGCCGUACGAGAUCGGGCUUCUAAGCGAAGCGACGGUGUUCGAUGCCGGGUUUAAUCAGAUAACGGGGCCGAUACCGCUUUCUUUCGGAUGCCUGCAGAAGGUGGAGCAGCUCAAUCUGGCAGGCAAUCUUCUCUAUGGGAACGUGCCGGACGUGGUGUGCCGGCUGGCGAAGACGGGCCAGUUGGCGAACUUGUCGCUCUCGGGGAAUUACUUUACGUCGAUCGGGUACAGCUGCUGGGAACUGAUAAAGAGCGGGGUGCUGGACGUGCGGCAGAACUGCAUACCGGGAUUCCCCGACCAGCGGCGGCCGGACGAAUGCUGGUGGUUCUUCACGCAUCCCAGGCACUAUUUCUGCCCCUUCUUUCAUUACAUUCCUUGCAAGUGCCCCGUCGCGCCGGCAACGCCUGCGACGACGAAGGCCAUGCAGCGGCCGGCGGUGGCGUCGCCGCCAUACAUGGCCUACAAGGCGCUUCACCAGCGGCAUGGCAAGUGAUAUGAGUGUGCUCUGUUGGGAUUAUUUUCUCUAUUAUCCUCAUGGUGGUGUGCUUAACUGUCAAUAAGGUGGUAGAUUGGUGUAACUAAGAAGAGAGAAUAAGAGAGGAAGCGCCAAUGCGAGAUAUUCUGUGCUUAA